AUGACUGCUCCCCCCACCACAGUGCCAGCUCACCUCUAUAGUCAGCCGGUGACAGGUAGCCAGGAACAGAACCUGCUCUAUCAUUGGCCUGUGAGCUGGAUUCCCACAGCAGCCACUGCUCUUCCUGCUGCUCCUGUUCUCCCUGCUGCUCCUUCUCUCCCUGCUGCUCCUGCAAACCCAAAUAACAACAAACUGCAGAUUCCAGGCAGCAUGUUGACAUACCUGCGUCCUGUCACAGUAUUGAACGGUGUGUUGGUGUGCGACUUCACUCCACCCUGUCCUGCAGUCAACACACCCACUCCAAAAAAGAGGAAGCGUCAGGACGAGCAGGAAGAGCAGCACAUCAAGAAGCCACCAAACGCAUUCAUGAUCUUUGUGAAGGAGCAGAGGGCAAAGGUUAAAGCAGAAAUGAACAUCAGUGGGAAUGCCACCCUUAAUGCAGUCAUGGGAGAGAGGUGGAAAUCGCUGUCGUGGGACCAGCAGGCAAAGUAUUACGAGCAGGCUGAUCAAGAGAGAAGGCUCCAUGCCCAAAAAUACCCAAACUGGUCUGCCAAAGUUAACUAUGCUAUGCUGCCCAUAGCAGCAUAAGUAAGGGAUGGUUCAGGGUCACCUGAUCCAGCCCUAACUAUAAGCUUGAUCAAAAGGGAAAGUUUUAAUCCUAAGCUUAAAAAUAGAGAGGGUGUCUGUCUCCCGA